AGUGAGAAGAGAGCCGAAUCUCAUAACCCUUUUAGUAGUUUUCCAAGUACCAGUUUCAAUUUUUAUUUUCAAGUUUUGUUUCCCAAACACAAUAAUUUGUUUUCUUUAGUUUUUGUCUUUAAUUGUCACUCACAAAAAAGAAAUGGUUUCUAAACAAAUUCAGCUUUUAGCUUGCAUUUCAGACAUUUUUUUUAUGAUUUCAUAAAUGAAUAUAAUGAAAAACUUGAAAAAUUAAAAUUUCAAAGGAUGCAAUUUACAUUUCAUGAACCGAACUGGACAGGCACUGGUCCAACCAGAAGUCCGGACUGAAUUCCAGUCGGUUACUACUUACUAUUUAGUUAAGCGGAGAGCGCCCCGUGUAAGAAAAGGGUAAAUCAUUGUUGUCGUUCAAGUUCCGAGUCGCUAAUUCUCGAAGUUUAGAGAGAUUAGCAGUCUCUCAUCACCUGCUUCCUCCUCGCGUGUUCCCCUCUGGCUGCGCUUCCUGCACGAAGCUCCACUGCAAGCCGUACGGCCGCUUCUGCUUCCGUUGGAGCUCUCGGUCGUUUCCUUCUUAAAGCGAAACUGCAAAAGCUGACUUGAACCCUUUGUCUGAGAAGCCAGAAGACACAGCGAAAGGUACAUCAAAUCUCUGCGAGCCAAGAGGUUUAUGUAGUUUCCAAUUCUCUUGUUAUCCUGUUGCUGCGUGUUUGUCUUGUUAGUAGAGACGGACUCUAGGUUUCGCUUUCCUUCCCCUGGGUUCUAAACAAUUAACUGGCGUUCACUGUUUAGAGUCUAGGGUUUAGUUCUCGAUCGUGUAAAAUACGUGUCUUGAAUUUGGAGAUGCGGUUAUUCAGAGCUUUUCGGUAGGGUUUCUGCCGAGUGUAGGUGUGGGGUGUCUGUUUGAAUGGCUCAUAGUUGCCUUGCAGAGGGGAAUGGAGAUAGAUGUUAAAGAUUUUUACACUCUUGGAAGACAAAAGAUUAGUUACAGAAUCACACAGCUGGCAUUAGGUGAGAGUUGCUUAUUAAGUGAAAAGACGACAUCUUGAAUAUGAACGGUAGGUCAGAGAGUUGAGGCUUCGUGGUGGAAAGGUGCUAACAUAUCCCUUGGGUCGCAGUGGAAGUUUUUUCUGAAUAUGGAACCUUCAGCUUGCUGCCUUUUCCUUCAUAAUUCUUAAAUCAUGUGCUUGCCAUAAAUCGGGCUAUAUUUUGCAGGGAUGACGUCGAAUAUAAUACUCUUCGAGGACAUUUUUGUUGUUGGCGAGAUCAACCCAGAUGGUAAAAAAUUCGAUAAAGGUAUUUUCCUUCCACUUUCGCUUGCAAAUUUGAUCACUUCACGUUCACCUCAUCUUCGUACUCCCCAUAGUAUGAUCUCAUUAUAUAUCAAUGGGUUUUAGCUUCCCUUGUCCUUGGUUCAAACUUAAAGAAUGGAAUGAAUGUAGAGUAGUGUGUAUACUGUCUAGAUUGCUCGAGGGGAAUGUGAUUUUAUGGACAAUGGUCCCGCUUAAUGUAUAACUUGCUUAUUGGAGCUUCACUAUGAAUUUAUGGGGGAAAUCGUUCUCUCUUUGUCUUGGGACACUUUGGAUUGGGUUGAGGGAACUCAGAAUGCACUUCUGUCUAGUGAAAGCCACAUUAUGCUCUCACCCUUUUUAGCUUGGUAGUUUUUUUUUAAUAUUCUUUUUCUUUUGUAGCUUGUCGGAUCGUAGCACGUAGCCAAAACUGUGACAUGUCCAUGCAACUCGAUAUCAACAACGAAAUAUAUCCGAUGGAUGUGAAUGACAAAUUCACGAUGGCAUUGGCAUCUACGCUGAAUUACGAUGGGACACCUGACACUGGCUAUUACAAUGCAGUAAGCUUUUCUCUCUACCUUGUAUUGGAGAUACAUAAGAGAAUUCUUAAUGUUAAGUGUCUGUUUGUCUAUGAGGCUACAUUUCACAAACAAUGAUUUUCUAUUGCUUAGACACCUCCACUUUAUCUGUGGUGAUCAUUUCUUCUGCCAGGUUUAGGUUCAAGCAUUUGGUGUUAUGUGAUAUGUCUUUGUCCUAUGCAUGUCAUUUGGCUUCCAGUUGGCAUUCAACUUUGUUGGUUGGUCAAACUUCAAGUAAAGGUCAUGUAAAAUUUUCCAUUUGGUGCAAGUCUCGGUUAUUUCACCUUUAACCCUCCAAAAGUUGUUAGGAACAGAUUAUCUGAAGUUUACAUGCCAGUCUUAACUGUUUCAUAACCUUAGUAGGUUAAAAUUAAUUAGUUCAAUCAUGUCUAAGCAUAAAAAAGAAGAAGAAUACAUUAGUUUUUCUGGAAUUUAUCUGUAUGGGUACUUGCUGCAAUUUUCCCUUUUGAUUUGCCAUGUCAUGAAGCUCAUUGUCUCUCUUUUUUGACAUGGUAUAUUUUCCCAGGCGAAAAGGAAAAACCUUGCGGACAAAUAUGAAUAUGUCAUGCACGGGAAGCUAUACAAGCUAUCGGAGGAAGGUUCAGGAAGAUCGAUUACAGCGUAAGCAUAUAUUUGAGAACUUUCAUAUUCUACAAUUGUCUUUCCUUUGAGAACUUACAGGGACUUUUGAUUCAUUGCAUUGGGUUGCAGGGAAUUAUAUGCUUCAUUUGGUGGGCUUCUAAUGUGUCUCAAAGGGGAUCCUUCUCAUGUAGCUCACUUUGAGCUUGACCAGAGAGUGUUCCUUCUGAUAAGGAAGAUCAACAAGUGAUAGCAGUAUCCAUACGAUGAAGCGACUUGUUAUCAGACGAACGUGGGUAUUUAAGUAGAGUGGGCUACUUUGAAGUUUGGCGGUUUAUCUUUAUAACUCGAUUUCUUCUUCAGCUAAUGGUACUAGUGCCUUUUAUGUUUUCCCCCCUGUAAACAUUGAACCUAAGGGCGUCUUAACCUAUUAUAUUAAGCAAAUGGGUCUCAUAAUACUCCGUAAAGGCUAUACAAGAACCAAUGUGCUAAACUACGAUUCUGCAUAUCGAUGAUACGAUAACCAAAUGGCGAGCCAUGUCUUUGAUGGGCAGGGUAGUUUGCUGUGGAGUUGUUGUCUCUGUAAACAUGGGUAAGAACUAAGAAGUACUUCCCAUUUGAAUAUGAGCGUGAUCUACCUGUUGGAAGAGAGGUUUUUAAAAAAUCUGUCUAUCGAACUAGUUUCUUGAAUCCCAUCUUACUAACUAGUUUGACACUGUAAGGUAACGUCAACUCAACUCUACUGAUAGUUUCACAUUGACUGUCAAGGCCGAAUUGAUCAUUCUCUCUUUUGAUAAUGCCACCUUCGGAAAUCGAAUCCGUAGGAUGCUAAACAGAGCUGUUUAAUUGGUGGAAUGCCUCUUAUAUUGAUUCUUAGUCCAAGUACUUUGUUUUGGCCGUUUCUGGGAGAUCUUUGUUGUUAUGUCUGCGGUUAAAUUGUACGGCGGCGACGUGUUCAUCAACAGCUAUUCUUUGGUUGUUCUCUGAGCUUGGAAUCAUUCCCCUGUUUCGAAAGGAGGGGGGAAAAAACAGAGGUUGGGAGAAAUGGAGGAAGUCAGCAUCCUAAACUGGCUGGGGAUGGUCUCUCCUCCGAAGAAUGAUUACCGUACAGCAAGCAGUGCAUUCAAGGAUUAAUAUUCUGCGGCUUGUCGAUGAAGCAGGUGAUGCCUGUUCCUUGUUUUUGUUCACAGCUUCUCGUUGGACUUAUAUGUCCAUUCUUGUCCGUACUCUCCUCUGGAACCUUAAACAGAGGACGAUGAUCGAUCCAACUUUUUUCACUUCUCCCUUCCAUGUUAAAUACCCAGCUAGCUAGCUUUUUCAUUCCUCCACCCAAAGUCCCAACACACACACUCUCUCUCUCUCAAAAUCUGAAUUGGGUUUUCUGAAAAAUGGUGGCUUUCUUCUCAUUGGAGCUGAUAACUGGGGCUGCUUCGAACUCGGUGAUGGUCUUCUUCUUCUGCAAUUUGAUCAUCGUCACCAUCCUCGUUGCCUCCUCGAUACCUCCUCCUUCGACAACAUGCGAAAUCCACCAUGUGUCAACGGUGGGAGCCCCUUACCUCUACCCCUACGUGACUAUUCACCAGCAAGAGGAGACUCUGGUUAUUGGUGGUGAGAAUGAUGCUCUGCAUCUCAAUGAUGAAAACAGAGCAUCUUGGUCGUUGUCGUGCUCGGAACCGAAGUUGGCCGCAUUGGCAACAACUCCCCACCAAGAUGAAGAAGAAGAGGAGAAAGAAGAUGAAGAAGAGGAGAAAGAAGCUGAUUGCUGCGGUGGAGAAAAUGGUAAAGAGGACUACAAUGACAAUGAUGAAUAUGAGGAGGAGGAGGAGGAUGAUGAUGAACUGAGAAGGAGAGUUGAAGAGUUCAUAGAGAAGACAAACAAAGCAUGGAGGGCGGAAUUGCUGAGAACAUCAAAAUCGCCGCGGCUGAUGAUUGCUGGUUGAUUGCUCCCAACUCACAAUAUAUGAAAUGGUGAUCGAUGGGUGGAAUUCAGGAACAGAGUUUUUUUUUUAUUGUUCCCAUGGAAUUAGGAAAUUCAGGAAGCCAUGUCCAGAAAUUUUGAUGGCUGGCUCCUUUUUUUUUUUUAUAAUCUUUCUUUCUUUCUGCGCUGAAAAAUGAAAUGUAUUCUUUUGU